AAAAAUGUUAAUAUUAGGUUUUUUUCCUACUUUCUUUAACUUCAUUUUUUUUUUUUUUUUAACGUCAGUGUGCUUCCGUUUUUUGAUCUCCCUGCAGUGUGGCCUGCUUUAUUCUGUGGGCAUGCGUCACAGCUGUGCACAUGCUUAUUCUUCCCUAUCUUAGCCUCAUUCAUAUCUACCUGCCUUGCAGUCACCCUUAAGACUCUUUUACUGUAGUCUUCUUUUCCUCACCCCUACCCUCUAUACUCAACGCUGGGUCAUUCCUUUGUAUCCUUAUCACACUUCCCUAGCACUUAUUUUUUCAUAUGGUAAUGAAUUUCAUGUUUUUUUUGUCCCUUUAAAACUUAAGGCUAGGAUUAUGUCUUGUUUAUCCUAGUUCUAUUAUAUGGGAUAUAGAUGCUUAGUAAAUGUCAAAUAAAAGAGUAACUCAUGAAUGAAUAGUAGCUAAAAGAAAUUCCCGUAGUUAAAUAAUUUAAAGUCACAGUUUAUUUUUAUUGAAGUUUUGAGAAGAAUUAAAAUACAUUUAUUUAUUAGGAUGCAUUUGAGGAAAGGAAAGGAGGAUAUAAAGAAUGGUAGAGCUGGAAUGAACCUCAUUUAAAGAUGAGAAAACUAAAAACCCAGUUUAUCAAAAUUUCAUGUUAAAACUAGAACCUGUCCUCUAAUGCUCUUUUCUGCUCUGUUCAUUUUUCCUAAUAUAGUUUGCCUUAGACUUGGCUAGGAUUAGUAGAUUUUGAUUGUUUAUAUUUGAAGCAGUUGGACUGACAAAAUAUAAUUCUAUACUCUAUGCUUACCUUUGUGGAAAUUUGAAGGUAAUGUGCUCAUGAGCUAAACCAAAUUAACCAUUUGUUAGGUAAUUUAUUUUUCAUAGUCUUCUGAAUUAUCUGCUUUUCUCAAUUUUCUGGCACAUAUCACAUUUAGCAACACCAACCAAAAGCCUGUGUUUUACUGGAUUAAGCUUCUGUCCUGAAUCUCUUGCUUCCUUCCUUAUUCUGGUAAUGGGUUUAGAAAACAUGUAAUUACCUUUUAUUUCUUUCUUUUGCCCUCUAUAUCUGCCUGAAGCAAAUUCAUACUUGCAAUCUUACAUAUUUUUUUUCUUGGAUUUUACCCAGAACACUGUAGCUCUUCAGAAUAAACUAAGCAGAAAUGAGCCUAUUUUAUUUUUUGAAUUUUUUUUUUUUGUUGUUGUUGAUUGUAAAACGUAGUACACAUUCAAUAAAAAAAAAAUAUAUAGACUCCUUAAGAUAGACCAUUAAAGUUCUUGAAGAACUCUUCACUACAUUGUUUUAAGGACAUUCUGGAGGACAGUUUAUUGUUAAGGAUCCUACUUUGCCUUUGUUUUGGUGGUGUUGCGGUUUAAAUCCAGGGCCUUUCAAAUACUAAAUAAGUGCAUACUCUACCACUGAGCUAUAAUGUCAUCCCUGAGGCAUUCUUUGCAUGCUAUUGGUUAAAUUCUGUUUUUUGUUUGUUUUAGUAUUACUAAUUUCUUGGUCUGGAAUGCAAUCAUUAGAUUCUUGUGGAGGAAAUGUUAUGGAAUAGCUGCCAGAAAAGGUGGUGGUGAAAAUUAAUCACUACUACUGUGAGAAGCUGUUAGAGAGAAAGCCAUUCCCCUUUGAUAGACUGAAUUUUUGCUUGAAUGACUUAAAUGGUUAAAGGGAAGAGGGAGUCCUGUUAAUAUCUCAGAAGCAUGGCCCUUUAUUUUAAGGCCCUUUGCAUUAUUUUUUUUCAAAACCCAUUUUCAGAUUUGAGGUUAAGUUGUUUGGUCUUUAAGUAAGGAAAUACUAAUGUAUAUGACUAGUAGCUUAUUCUUUCUUCAAAAUUUUGUUUUACUUUCUUCAGGUAGAAUAUAAAAUUCAAUGAUGAAGGUCAACCAAAAAGUCAGUGGUAGAUCUCAGAAUAGAAUUUUGUACUUCAAGCUCCCAGAUCAAAUCACAGAGAAAGUAAUAACCACGUUUCUAAGUGUAUGUUUUUUGAAGGCCAUUGUAAUCUGUUACUGUAAUUUUAUAGUUGCCUCUUUUUUUCUUUUCCAGAUAAAUUUUGGAGAAAAAUUUUUAUCUCCAAACUGCUGCAGCUCAGUGGAAACUGGAACUCUCAUUCCGUGCUCAAAGUUUUGUUUUACUUUCUUCAAGUAGAGUGUGGAAUUGGUAGUAAUUUAGAAGGCAGAUUUGAAUAUUUUGGAUUAUGUACCAAUGACUAUACUCAGAUAAUUUUAUUUACUUUUCAUAGCCUUAUCCAGGAUGAGAAGACUGAUAGAAGAAGCUAGCUGAACAGCUAUAAAAUGCCCAAAUCUGGGUUUGCAAAACCAGUUCAGAGUGAAAAUUCUGACAGUGACAGCAAUAUGGUAGAGAAGCCAUAUGGAAGAAAGAGUAAAGACAAGAUUGCAUCUUACAGCAAAACUCCAAAAAUUGACCGAAGUGAUGUCGGCAAGGAGAUGAAGGAGAAAUCAUCCAUGAAACGUAAACUUCCUUUUACUAUUAGCCCAUCAAGAAAUGAAGAACGAGAUUCAGACACAGAUUCAGACCCAGGACAUACAAGUGAAAAUUGGGGGGAGAGACUUAUAUCUUCUUACAGGACAUAUUCAGAGAAAGAAGGUCCAGAAAAGAAGAAAACAAAAAAGGAAGCUGGAAAUAAGAAAUCCACACCAGUUAGCAUUCUUUUUGGUUAUCCACUCUCUGAACGAAAGCAGAUGGCACUUCUUAUGCAGAUGACAGCAAGAGACAACAGUCCAGACUCCACACCAAACCAUCCAUCACAAACAGCAGCAGCCCAAAAGAAAACUCCCAGUUCUUCAUCUCGACAAAAAGAUAAAGUUAAUAAAAGAAAUGAGCGUGGUGAAACUCCUUUACACAUGGCAGCUAUUCGAGGAGAUGUGAAACAAGUCAAAGAAUUAAUAAGUUUAGGAGCAAAUGUGAAUGUGAAAGAUUUUGCAGGUUGGACACCACUGCAUGAAGCUUGCAAUGUUGGAUAUUACGAUGUUGCGAAGAUACUUAUAGCAGCUGGAGCAGAUGUUAACACACAAGGAUUAGAUGAUGACACUCCACUCCAUGAUUCUGCUAGUAGUGGGCACAGAGAUAUAGUGAAACUGUUGCUUCGUCAUGGUGGAAACCCAUUUCAAGCUAAUAAACAUGGGGAGCGCCCAGUGGAUGUAGCAGAAACAGAGGAAUUGGAGUUAUUGCUAAAAAGAGAGGUGCCUUUGUCUGAUGAUGAUGAAAGUUAUACAGGCAGGGAAUUAAGAUCACACACAUGGUAUAUGCCAGAUUCUGAAGAGGCUCAGUCUGUCAAUCCAUCUAGUGUUGAUGAAAAUAUUGAUUCUGAAACAGAAAAGGACUCUCUCCUCUGUGAAAGUAAACAGAUUCUCUCCACUAAAGCACCUCUUCCAUCUGCCCUAGAUGAAUAUGAGUUCAAAGACGAUGAUGAAGAAGAAAUAAAUAAAAUGAUUGAUGACAGGCAUAUUCUUAGGAAAGAACAACGAAAAGAGAAUGAAUCUGAAGCAGAAAAGAGUAGUUUAUUUGCAAAACAAGAGAAAUCCUUCUAUUCUAAAUCAUUUAAAAGUAAAAAACAAAAAUCGUCUAGGGUUCUGUAUUCAAGUACUGAAAGUUCUGAUGAAGAAGUUCUUCAGAACAAAAAGGUUUCUACUGCAUGUUCUAUCCCUGAAACAUCAAAUUCUGAUAUACAAACCAAAAAGGAAUAUGAAUAUAAGCAGAAAGGCAAAGUUAAAAGAAAAUUAAAAAACCAGAACAAAAAUAAAGAAAACCAAGAGUUAAAGCAAGAAAAAGAGGGAAAAGAAAAUACCAGAGUAACAAACUUGACAGUUACUACUGCACUAGAUUGUCCAGAAAAGACCAGAGAGGAGGGGAAUUUCAGGAAAUCUUUUAGUCCAAAAGAUGAUACUUCAUUACAUUUAUUUCAUAUUUCCACUGGUAAAUCUCCCAAACAUUCUUGUGGAUUGAGUGAAAAACAGUCAACACCACUGAAACAAGAACAUACUAAAACAUGUUUAUCUCCAGGAAGCUCUGAAAUGUCAUUACAGCCUGAUCUUGUUCGGUAUGAAAAUACAGAAUCUGAAUUCUUGCCUGAAAGUUCCUGUGUAAAAUCUUAUAAGCAUAAGGAAAAAAACAAACAUCAGAAAGAUUUUCACUUAGAAUUUGGUGAAAAAUCAAAUACCAAAUUGAAGGAUGAAGAUCAUAGUCCAACAUUUGAAAAUUCUGAUUGUACACUGAAAAAAAUGGAUAAAGAGGGCAAAACACUGAAAAAACAUAAAUUGAAACAUAAAGAUAGGGAAAAAGAAAAGCACAAAAAAGAAAUUGAUGGUGAAAAGGAAAAAUAUAAAAAUAAGGAUGGCACUAAGGAACUGCAGAGGAGCGUAGAAUUUGAUAGAGAAUUUUGGAAAGAGAAUUUUUUUAAAAGUGAUGAAACUGAAGAUCUGUUUUUAAAUAUGGAGCAUGAGUCCUUAACAUUAGAAAAAAAAUCAAAAUUGGAAAAAAACAUAAAAGAUGAUAAACCAACUAAGGAAAAGCAUACCUCAAAAGAGAGGAACUUUAAAGAAGAACGGGAAAAGAUUAAGAAGGAAAGUGAGAAAACUUUCAGGGAAGACAAGGUAAAAGAUCUAAAAGAAGAAAGAGAAAAUGUACCUACAGAUAAAGAAACAGAAUUCAGUUCUUCAUGUUUAAUUUUAAAUGAGGAAUCUGUAGGGCUACAUUCAAUAGAAAAGGAAAUGGACAUUGAAAAACAAGAAAAGCAUACAAAAGAAAGUAAGGAAAAAUCUGAGAAACGAUUUCCAACUAAAGAGAAAGAUGUUGAAAAGACUGAAAGAAAAAAUUCUGAAAAAGAGAAGAAGAUAAAACAUGAGCAUAAGUCAGAAAAAGACAAAUUAGAUUUUAGUGACUGUGUUGAGAGAAUAAAAGAAAAGGACAAGCUGUAUUCACAUCACACAGAAAAAUGCUAUAAAGAAAGUGAGAAGAUUAAAAAUAGUACUACUAAAAAAACUGAUGACAGAGAGAAAAAUAGAGAAAAGAUGGAUAGAAAACAUGACAAAGAAAAAACUGAAAAAGAGAGGCAUUUAGCAGAAAGCAAAGAAAAACACUUAGAGAAAAGAAAUAAACAAUCAGAUAACAGUGAGUAUGCUAAAUCAGAAAAAGGCAGAAGUAAAGACAAAGACAGGGAAGUAGAUAAAAAGGAAAAGUCCAGAGACAAAGAAAGUAUAAAUAUAGCUAACUCCAAACACUUAAUGGAAGAGAAAAAGUCAAGUACAUUAGACAGUAGUAGUAAAGCACAACAUGAGAAAACUAUAUCCCUUAAAGAAAAAACAAAAGAUGAACCUUUGAAAACACCAGAUGGAAAAGAAAAAGAUAAAAAAGAUAGAGAUAUAGAUAGAUACAAAGAACGAGACAAACAUAAAGAUAAAAUCCAUCUAAAUAGUUUACUCAAAUUAAAAUCUGAAACAGAUAAGUCUAAAUCUAAAUCUUCACCAGCAUCAAAAGAUAUUCGACCCAAAGAAAAGAGGUUAGUGAAUGAUGAUUUAAUGCAGACAAGUUUUGAACGAAUGCUUAGCCUUAAAGACCUAGAAAUAGAACAGUGGCAUAAAAAACAUAAGGAAAAAAUUAAGCAAAAAGAAAAGGAACGAUUAAGAAAUCGAAAUUGUUUAGAAGUUAAAGUGAAAGAUAAAGAAAAAGCAAAACAUGCCCUAGUUGAAUCCAAAAACAAGGAGCUUAGUAGGUCAAAGAGUUCAGAACUGGUUGAUGCUUAUACCAAGGAGAAACAGUCUAAAGAUGCAGUUAGUAAUAGAUCACAAUCUGUUGACACCAAAAAUGUAAUCACUUUAGGGAAGUCAUCUUUUGUUUCAGACAGUAGUUUAAAUAGGUCUCCUAGAUCAGAAAGUGAAAAGCCCGGUCUCAGCUCCAGAUCUGUAUCCAUGAUUUCUGUUGCUAGUUCAGAAGAUUCCUGCCAUACUACCGUGACAACUCCAAGGCCUCUGGUUGAAUAUGACUCUGACUUUAUGUUAGAGGGUUCUGAGUCCCAAAUGUCAUUUUCCCAGUCACCAUUUUUGCCAAUUGCCAAAUCUCCUGCCCUUCACGAUAGGGAGUUGGACAGCCUUGCUGAACUGCCAGAACGGAUUAAACCAUCAUAUGCUAAUAGACUUCCAGCAUCCCAUCUCAGGUCAUCUUCUGUAGAAGAUGUUAAACUAGUUGUGAAUGAGGGGAGACCUAUUGUAGAAGUUCGAAGAUGUAGCAUGCCAUCUGUCAUUUGUGAACACACGAAACAAUUCCAAACAGUAUCAGAAGAAAGCAAUCAAGGUAGCUUAUUAGCUGUGCCAAGAGAUAUGUGCCCUUCUCCCAAACCUGAGUUAUCAUCAAAUGUGCCUGAAAAAGACCUCUCAAAUGUAUCUAACAUACAUUCCAGUUUUGUAACCUCUCCAACUAGAUCUGUAAACAGCAGAUAUAUUUCAACUGAUAUAAAUGUAAUCAAGAAUACUGCUCCAGUCGGUGCCAUGGACAGUCCUGUGCACGUGGAACCAUCUAAUCAGGUUGGUGUGAUCCAGAAUAAAUCAUGGGAGAUACCUGUGGAUAGACUAGAGUCACUAAGUACUGGUGACUUUAUCUGCACAAAUACUAGUAUACCUGAUCAAGAUUCCUCUGUUCCGGGUUUUUGCAAUUCAGAAAACAAAGUAUUGAAAGAACAUCAUACUGAUUUUUUAUCUCUUCACCAGACUGAACUGCCAGGAAACUCUUGUGCUCAAGAUGCAGCAUCCUUUCUUCCUUCACAGCAACCUUGCUCUUUCCCCAGUCAGUCACUUUCAGAUGCUGAAUCUAUCUCCAAACAUGUGUCUUUGUCAUAUGUUGCCAAUCAAGAGCCCAGUAUUUUACAACAGAAAAAUACUGUACAAACGAUCACUUCUGUUUUGGAUACUGAUAACGAAUCUGCAAAAGAUAUGGAAAGUAGUUUCAUUCUAGCAGAUGUUUCAGUGUACUCUGAAAGCACUAGUCAAGAAGCAUCACCAAAUUUUGAGAAAGCUAACACUUUGUCUAUAUUACCAUCAGAAAAAGAUUUUAACGUAAGUGAUACCUCCCCUCAGCUAAAUCCACAUUAUGCAUUUAGUAAACUAGCUUAUAAAUCUUCCAGUAGCCAUGAAGUUGAAAACAGCUCACCUGACAUUCAGGUUAUUUCACAUGAAAAAGAGAACAAAUUGGAGAGUUUGGUUUUAUCUCAUUUGAAUAAGUGCGAUUCUGAUUUAUGUGAAAUGAAUGGAGGGAUGCCAAAAGGAAACCUAAAUGAACAAGAUAAUCCAAAACAUUGUCCUGAAAGUGAAAAGUGUUUGCUUUCCAUUGAAGAUGAAGAAUCUCAACAAAGCACUUUAUCAAGUCUGGAGAACCACUCGCAGCAGUCAGCUCAGCCAGAAAUGCAUAAAUAUGGUCAAUUAGUCAAAGUAGAAUUAGAAGAAAAUGCUGAAGAUGAUAAAACUGAAAACCAGAUCCCUCAAAGAAUGACUAGAAACAAAGCAAAUAUGGUGGCAAAUCAAAGCAAACAACUUCUUUCUAGCUGUGCACUGUUGCCAGAAAAAGACAGUGAAUCUUCAUCUCCUAGGGGAAGAAUAAGAUUAACUGAAGAUGAUGAUCCUCAGAUUCACCAUCCUCGAAAAAGGAAAGUGUCCCGUGUACCUCAGCCUGUGCAAGUGAGUCCUUCUUUACUACAAGCAAAAGAGAAAACACAGCAAUCUCUGGCAGCCAUUGUAGAUUCUCUGAAACUAGAUGAGAUUCAGCCAUAUAGUUCCGAGAGAGCAAAUCCAUAUUUUGAGUACUUGCACAUAAGGAAAAAAAUUGAAGAAAAGCGCAAAUUAUUGUGUAGUGUUAUUCCUCAAGCACCUCAGUAUUAUGAUGAAUAUGUAACAUUUAAUGGAUCAUACCUCCUGGAUGGAAACCCUUUAAGCAAGAUUUGUAUUCCCACAAUUACACCACCACCUUCUCUGUCAGAUCCACUUAAAGAGCUUUUUCGGCAACAAGAAGUUGUAAGGAUGAAACUACGUUUGCAACACAGUAUUGAAAGGGAAAAGCUUAUUGUAUCCAAUGAACAGGAAGUUCUCCGUGUUCAUUACAGAGCUGCAAGAACAUUGGCAAAUCAGACACUGCCAUUUAGUGCUUGUACUGUCUUACUGGAUGCAGAAGUGUAUAAUGUACCAUUGGACUCUCAGUCUGAUGACAGUAAAACUUCUGUGAGAGAUCGCUUUAAUGCAAGACAGUUCAUGUCUUGGUUACAAGAUGUGGAUGAUAAAUUUGACAAAUUAAAGACCUGUCUUUUAAUGAGGCAACAACAUGAAGCUGCAGCUUUAAAUGCUGUCCAGAGAUUAGAAUGGCAGCUCAAACUCCAGGAACUUGAUCCAGCCACCUAUAAAUCUAUCAGCAUUUACGAAAUUCAGGAGUUCUAUGUUCCCCUUGUUGAUGUUAAUGAUGACUUUGAAUUGACUCCUAUAUAGCAGUUAUAACUUCUUGGUGGUGUGUUCUAAACUGAUGAUGCUCAAGCAUUAUACUGUGGAAUACUGCCUUUUGACAAAAAUACUGAUACUAUGCCUUUACAGUUGUUCGUAAAAUUGGAUUAAAGUUGGUUAUGUAGUAAACACUGUCAUUUUAUAAAAAUGAGAAAUAUUUUGGAUCCUAGGUCCAAACACAGUUUCUAACAGAAAACUAUUAUUUAUAUUGAUGAAAGGUUACUAUUGGUUAAAGCACGUUAGCAGACUGUAGUAGAUAUUUAAAAAGUUGAGAAUCUGCUAACAGCGCUGGAAGUUGUUAGCACUCUUUCGUCACAAGAUAACCACUAGUAUUCAGAUCUCUUUCAGGUUUUAUUAAAAAUUUAUCAGUAAACUAAAAAGUUCCAUUACUACCAAAUAGUUUCUAAUGUGGAAGAAAAACUUGGCACAAAAUUUCUUCAGUUUAUUAUAUCUGUAAAUUAAUUGUAUAGUUUUCUUUUUGAAAGUUUUAAUAUUGUCUUCCUUUUUAAUAACUUAUUUUAUACAUAUUGUGCAGAUGUACAUCUUGUAAUUAAUGGUCAAAAUGUGUAUACAAAGGGAUUGGUAGUCAAAACAUGUACAAAGAAAUAACUGUAAAACUGUUUUGUCUAAUGCUUUAUUGGACCAAAGUUGUAGUUUGUAAGGAGUGUACUAGCAGUGUGUUCAGGUAGCAAACCUUUAAAUAAGGCAUGCAUGUGUUUGAGUUAGCUUGUUUUCAUCAUCAUAACUGUAAAGAUUGUGAGUUAAUUGUAUUGCAUGCUUCCUAUAAUUUAAUUCUGUCCAUAUUGAUGCCUGGAACAGUGUGAGGCGUUUCAUUCUCGUCUCUUGUGAUAGAACCUGUGACUUACUGUGUUGGACACAUUAUUUAGAAUUAGUCAAAUGAAGAAGCUCAGCUCUUUUUUCAUCUCACAGUAGAGCCUAUUUCCUGCUGGAACAACAACAAAAAUGCCUUUGAAUGAAAAUUGUAAAUGUCUAUUUUAAUACUCAACUAUGAAAGAAUCUGUGAAUAUAUGUAAAUAUGUUUAAUAAAUUUUAUUGGUCAUGUUAAA